AUGACGACUAAUGGAAAAGCAAAAGCAAGCAUUUCAUCGUCAUUAGGGGGACUUGGUGGGAUUUCAUCAUUUCGUACCACGACUGCGACAGCAGGAAGCGGCGGACUGGCCGACGGACUGAAUAAUCAGAAUAACAAGCCAACGGUUGACGUCAGUGGAGGAGGGGGUUCUGGUAGCUCCAAUGACGUCACGGACAGUGGGAACAAUGCGGACAAUUUGGGCAAUGGAGAAAAUAUGAACAGUGGGGACAAUUUGGGCAGCGUGGACAGUAAUUCUCCUGCUGGAGGAGGAAUAGGUGGUGCAGGUGGUUCAAACAACGUUGCAUCAGGUGACGCAACAGCGAACCAAGGAAACGGGCAGGUCGGCGGCGACUCUUCGACGCCCUCCAGCGACGCGUCUUUAAAUCCUGCAGAAUCGUCUCAAAAUAAUGGCGCUGGUGGCACCGUGACGGACGCUUUCGGCAACAAUUUGUCUACAUUGGCAACAGAUAUUCCUGCAGAUUCACUAAAUAAUGCUGCGAAACUCAACAGCUCCAGCGGACCCACUGCUGAGAACUUCAACAAUAUCCGUUUCCCUUCAAUCAACAACCACUCCAGGAACAACCACCACCACGACAACAACCACAACGACGACGACGAAUCCAACAGUGGCCCCUUCUCCAGGUAA